UUUCUCAGUUUAGCGUAAGAGGCUGAUCUGCGCGAUCACGGUUUUACAAGAAGUCGUCGUGGAUUCUACGCAAAGGGGACCCCAAAAAGGAAGUUCGCGAUAUUGACGUGUGGUGCUUCGGGCACUACAUUCUUCUGCUUUUGCUGGUCUUAAGCAGCUUUCUGAGGCCAAGCCACGGUUGUGUGAGUGUUAUGGGUGUUGUUCUUGUUGCUGUUUUCGUUUCGAGUUCGUCUCUGUCGCGCGCACACCUUUUGAAUGCGGCCCAUGCGAGUGAAGAUCAUUCAGUGGUACCAGUUUGAAACAGCAUAAAGUGAAAGAUUAAUAGCAAUCAUUCCAAGUACUACGCCAUACCAUGUUGAAAAACUUGCACUAGUAGAAGUGAGGACAUGUCAUUCCACAGGCCAUUGUACUGAAAAUUUUUGUACGAUUUUGAUGUUUUUGUUUUUUACCCACAUAUUUACGUAACUCCCCGCGCUACACCUCACUGCCCUGAAUCAACUACAAAAUUUGUAACGUUUUAUGAAGGGAAAAUAUGAUUCGAUAACCAUGCUGAGAUGAAGUGUAAAAUUAAACUAUUCUUCGUGGCUCACCGAAAAACCUGGUCCAGUCAUAACAACUACAAGAAAAGGUUCGCUUAAACUCGAAUAUGGAUACUGGAAUAGGAUGAAAUCUCGCUUGAUCGUGGACCAACAAUUUGCAGCUGUUUAAUGGACUCUUGUGGAACCCGCGACGGUACGAAAAAGUGUCUCCUAAAGUAUAUUUCCAUAAAUUUCACAGAUGAGUGGGGUUAAGUGCAGUUGACAUCUGGCAAAAAAGUGAAAAUAAAGUUGGAAAUGCUAAAGCUGCUGAGGGCACACGGAAGAGUGUAGUGCAUCGUGUGUGGAAAAUUAGUUUGUGUCUGUGGCGGAUGCAUGUAAUGUCUUUCUGCUGUUUCCAAAAAAAAUAGUCGAUUUUCUGCAAAUAAAAUUAAGUCAAAUGAUGGUCGUCGCUGAUGUGAGGUGAAAAUUAAACCACACAUACAGCUUCAUACAUACAGAUGAGCCUUCUAGUGUAUUCGUCGCUGUUAAAAUGAAAGUGUUAAUGCGAAUGUGUUGAUGUGUUUGUAUCCAGCGAAUGUAACCACCGUCAUUCAGCUCGACGGGGCCCGACAAACCUUCUGCGCCUGGUCAUUGCUCGAGGAGCAGAGACUGCGCGGAAAAGUAGCUGAAAACAACAAACUCUCGUCCUGUGCCACGCUGACGGUUCUACGAGUGUGAGGAAUUUUGCAUAUUACCACUGCUGAAUUGGAAGAUGAAAUCGGAAUACGACAACGCGUGUCUGUGAGAAAUGUAUAACAAUAAGGUCAUAACAAGGCCGACCAGUCAUGGAGUUUCACGUUGAUGAAACCAGAUAGCAUCGAAUCAUCAAACAUGUCGCACCCACAACGGAGAGGUGCGCCAGUCGAGUGUCCUCUAGCAUCCCUGGGGCGCAAUUCACCGUCAAUGGAUGCCCUCCAAUAUCACCAUCCAUUGAGCUCCAGUCCGCUCGAUCCGCAAGCUUAUCAAAUGUCACGAAAAUCACCCAUUCUCGGCAUUGAUUCCAAUAUUUACACCGCUGAAACGAGCCUCGUGACCAAUCACGCAAACUCGAACGGAUGCAAGAAGGAAAAAGUGUUAGAAAAUGGCAUCAUGCUAUCUAGGAGCUCAUCGUCAUCGAUUGAGCAAAAUACUUCCUUUCUACAUCAGCCGCCCCCACCGACAGUCAAUAGACGGGUAGAUUACCGCCCGUUACGACCCAGAACAUACACUCCAAUAGAUGCCCUCCUCACAAACACUUAUCAACAUCAUCAAAGGUUGUCACCGGUUAUGAUGAACAUCCAGCGAAAUCACGUAAACUACCAACCAGAGGAGCAAGCACUCACUUCGCUCUCGGAGGCGGAUCGUUAUUUUCUGGAGGAGAAAAUGGAUUCGCUCUACAUUCAAGGUGCCAUUCGACGAAACGCCAACACUCCGUCCAGCCUAACAAGGAACCAAUCUAGCAGUAGCACCGAGCGCUACUAUUUGGAAAACGAAAACAUCGAUGUGAUCUACAACUUCUGUCACUCCACGGCAGGUGUCGCGGCACUCAACUCGCACAAUUCCUCCUCGAAGGCUUCCUCCAGCCAUAACGAUUGUCUGGAUUCUAGUUCACCGAACCUGCUGCGCCGUACAUCCAGUCCGGAAACCAGCGGGUCCGAUCGGUACCUCAUCGAUAGGAUACGAAGCUCUCCCGCGUAUCACCGAAGAGGCGCUCGGCUUGGCCAGCCGGUGAAUGUGAAUUCUGCAGAUUUUGUUGAUGGCAGGAUUAACCUAAACAAAUCCCAUCAUUUCAAUGAUGGUCUCACGCGGUAUGGUCGCUUCUCGCCUAGCUUGGAUCAAGGCUAUCAUACGCUGGUUUCACCGUCUCCAUCCGGCCAACAGCAAUCGUCCAUUCCAACUUCGUGGAACACAACCCAAGCCCCAAGCAAUAGCGUUGCUACCGUGAACGGAUCGAACAAUCUCGGUAGCAGUAGUCAACACAACAGUGGCCAUGUGGGGAAUGAUUUCAUCAACGGAAGCAAGAAUAUCCUGCUCCGCUCCGGUCCCCUUUUCGAUCGUUUGUCCGACGAGAUGAUGGUGAAAAUUUUCGAAUGGCUAGACAGCCACGAACUGUGCAAUAUUGCGCGUGUUUGCAAACGAUUCGAAGUCGUUAUUUGGAGCCCAACGCUUUGGAGAAUCAUUAAAAUUAAAGGGGAGAGCAACAGUGGGGACAGAGCCAUCAAAACAAUCUUAAGGCGAUUAUGUGGUCAAACCAGGAACGGUGCAUGCCCUGGCAUAGAGAGAGUACUGUUAAGCGAUGGUUGUAGGUUAACGGAUAAAGGUAUCCAAUUGCUGACGAGGCGCUGCCCUGAGAUAACGCAUCUGCAGAUUCAGAAUAGUGUGACCGUCACAAAUCAAGCCUUGUUUGAUUUGGUUACAAAGUGCACCAAUUUGCAGCACCUCGAUAUCACGGGUUGUGCUCAAAUUACUUGCAUCAACGUGAACCCGGGACUGGAACCACCCCGUCGUCUUCUUCUACAGUACCUGGAUCUCACAGAUUGUGCUUCAAUCUCGGAUUCGGGACUAAAAAUCAUAGCUAGAAACUGUCCACUCUUAGUGUAUCUUUAUUUGAGACGGUGUAUUCAAAUCACUGAUGCAGGCCUCAAAUUCAUCCCAAACUUCUGCAUAGCUUUACGAGAACUAAGCGUUUCAGAUUGUACCAACAUAACGGACUUUGGGCUGUAUGAGUUGGCCAAGCUGGGUGCUACAUUGCGGUAUUUGUCGGUAGCCAAAUGUGACCAAGUAUCGGACGCUGGUCUGAAGGUUAUCGCUAGACGGUGCUACAAGAUGCGGUAUUUGAAUGCCCGGGGAUGCGAGGCCGUUAGUGAUGAUUCGAUCAAUAUUCUCGCCCGUUCUUGUCCUCGGUUGCGUGCCCUCGACAUUGGCAAGUGCGACGUUAGUGACGCCGGACUGCGAGCGCUAGCCGAAAGUUGUCCCAAUCUGAAGAAACUUAGUCUGCGAAAUUGUGAUAUGAUAACGGAUCGAGGGAUUCAGUGCAUUGCGUAUUACUGUCGAGGAUUACAACAGCUCAACAUUCAAGAUUGCCAAAUUUCAGUCGAAGGCUACCGUGCUGUGAAAAAGUACUGCAAACGAUGUGUUAUUGAACAUACGAAUCCCGGAUUUUGUUAGCGUCUUAAUUUGCAGAACUUGAACUAGACACGCUGUCCUGGCGUGAACGAAUCGUAGCCAAUUCUUUAUUUUGAAAAGCAAACCUUUAAUACAGUUUUGCCAAAAACUCUGAACAGAAAAUUGUUAAUAUCAUUAUUUAAAUAUGUGGAUUGUUUUGUAUUUGUGUUGUAAAAAAAACUUAUGAUGUAUACUAACUAUUUGAAAUGAUUGCUAUAGUUUAUUUUCCUUAUUUUAUCG